CGAGGCCCCCGAAGCCACCCCACCAACCCUUGCAGCAGCCGCGCUUCCCUUGUCUGGUUGGUGGUGGUGGUUGGUUACCAUGGUGAAGCUAGCAGCCAAAUGCAUCCUGGCAGGAGACCCGACGGUGGGCAAGACGGCCCUGGCACAGAUCUUCCGCAGUGACGGAGCCCAUUUCCAGAAGAACUACACUCUGACAGCAGGGGUGGAUUUGGUGGUGAAGACAGUGCCAGUUCCUGACACGGGUGACAGCGUGGAACUCUUCAUUUUUGACUCCGCCGGCAAGGAGCUGUUUUCUGAAAUGCUGGAUAAAUUGUGGGAGAGUCCCAAUGUCUUGUGUCUCGUCUAUGACGUGACCAACGAGCAGUCCUUCAACAACUGCAGCAAGUGGCUGGAGAAGGUGCGGUCACAGGCCCCAGGCAGCUCCCUCCCAGGUGUUUUAGUGGGAAAUAAAACCGACCUGGCCAGCAGACGAGCGGUGGAGUCGUCCCAGGCCCAGGCGUGGGCGCUGGGCCAAGGCCUGGAAUGUUUUGAAACAUCCGUGAAGGAGAUGGAAAACUAUGAAGCCCCUUUCCACUGUUUGGCCAAGCAGUUCCUCCACCUGUACCGGGAGAAGGUGGAAGUUUUCCAUGCCUUGGUGUGAAGGUCUGGGCAGCUUGUUCCUUAUGACGGUGCAGCGGGGACUGCUGUGAAGCUGGCAGGGGCUCUGUCUCCUUGAAAGAUGAGAGGAGAUGGAAUUGCCUCUGCACUUCCAAUAUAUAUGACAGCUUUAAAU